AUGGCCCGAGCGCGGCAUCGGGGACGCUGGCUGUGGACACGGUGCCCACACCCGCCUGGGGGCCCCGGCUCGCCUCCCAGCCCCUCGGGCGCCCACCGCCCGGCGGCUGCGGCCCCGCAGCGUGCGCAGGACCCGCGUCGCAGCCAGAAGACGCAGGGCCACGGGUCCCAGUUAGGCAGGCCCCUCCAUGACGCGCUCACUUUGACGCCGGCCUCAUCGCUCUCCGCGCCGGGGAGCUGCCGUUCCAACCGGCAGGCGGCCCCGUGGGGGCGGGGCUCGAGGACGUCAGUGCACUCGCCGUGCGUCCGCACGCAGCCCCGCCUCCCAUGGGGACCGGGCCUGAGGAGCAGGGCGGCCGGAAAGGGCUUUCUCCAGUUGCGGCGAGCGGGGGCCACUCUUCAUCGCGGUGCGCGGACCUCUCACCGUCGCGGCCUCUCUUGUUGCGGAGCACAGGCUCCAGACUCAACGCAUUUUACAAGUAGUAAAACUCCCGGGGAACCCAGUGCACCUAAGCUCGAAGGGCAGAUGGGAGAGGAUGGAAACUCUAUUAAGGUGAACCUGAUCAAGCAGGAUGACGGCGGCUCCCCGAUCCGACACUACCUGGUCAAGUACCGAGCGAAGCUCUUCUCCGAAUGGAAACCAGAGAUCAGGCUCCCAUCUGGCAGUGACCACGUCAUGCUCAAGUCCCUGGACUGGACUGCCGAGUACGAGGUCUAUGUGGUGGCUGAGAACCAGCAGGGAAAGUCCAAAGCAGCUCGCUUUGUGUUCAGGACCUCGGCCCAGCCCACAGCCAUCCCAGCCAACGGCAGCCCCACCUCAGGCCUGAGCACGGGCGCCAUCGUGGGCAUCCUCGUCGUCACCUUCGUCCUGCUCCUGGUGGCCGUGGACGUCACCUGCUACUUCCUGAACAAGUGUGGCCUGCUCAUGUGCAUCGCCAUCAACCUGUGCGGAAAAGCCGGGCCUGGAACCAAGGGCAAGGACAUGGAGGAGGGCAAAGCCACCUUCUCGAAAGAUGAGUCCAAGGAACCCAUCGUGGAGGUGCGAACUGAGGAGGAGCGGACCCCAAACCACGACGGAGGGAAACACAAAGAGCCCAACGAUGCCACGCUGCUGACGGAGCCCGAGCUGCCUGCUGACACCACAGCCACUGUGGAGGACAUGCUGCCUUCUGUCACCACCGUCACCGCUAACUCUGACACUAUCACCGAAACUUUUGCCACUGCUCAGAACAGCCCCACCAGUGAGACCACCACCCUCACCGCCAGUAUCGCCCCCCUGGCCAUGGCCACCCCUGAUUCAAACUCUGUGCCCGCCGGCCAGACCACCCCUUCCAAGGGGCCCGGCGCUGCCGCCACCUCCCCACCCCCAGCCUCAGCCCCCAAGGUCGACCCCCUCGUUGACCUGAGCGACCCCCCUACCUCAGCCCCCGCCGCCAGCAACCUGUCCUCUAGCGUCCUGGCAAACCAGGGGGCCGUGCUCAGCCCCAGCACCCCUGCCAGUGCGGGCGAGGCCCCCAAGGCCCCUCCGGCCGGCAAGCCGGUCCCCCGCCCGGCCACGGCAGCCGGUCCCCUAGCGGUGGCACCGACGACCCCCACCCCAGAAGCCCCCCAGGCCAAGCAGGAGGCUCCCGGCACCAAAGGUCCGGACCCUGAGCCCACCCAGCCCAGCGCCGCGAAGAGCCCGGCCGAGGCAGCCAGGGCCCUCGCCAGCCCGAAGAGCGAGGCGGCCUCCAUCAGCACCACAAACCCUGCCCAGGGCGAGGACUUUAAAAUGGACGAAGGGAACUUCAAGACCCCAGAUAUUGACCUUGCAAAGGAUGUUUUUGCAGCCCUGGGCUCUCCUGCUCCCGCCGCCGGGGCCAGUGGACAAGCCCCUGAGCUUGCUCCUUCCACGGCCGACGGCGCUCUUCCUCCUGCGCCAGCCAAGACCGAGAAGGGUCCUGUAGAAGCAAAACCGGAAUGCCAGGAGACAGAAACGAAGCCAGCGCCAGCCGAAGUCAAGACGGUCCCCAACGAUGCCACACAAACAAAGGAGAACGAGAGCAAAGCAUGAUGGGUGACGAGACACCAGCAAAGAUCAAAAUAAAAAGUGACACAACAGCUUCACCAGAGCAUCUCCAAUAUCUCAUACACA